AAACCAGAUUACGCAAAAAAAAAAAAAAAAAAAGAAAAGGAAAAAAAUCCAACAUCGACAUAAACAUCAACUCACUGUAACCGCGGCGCGUGUACACACGCGCCACCGAGAGGUUCAGAAGCCAGAGAGCAGAUAACGAGACGGAGAAAAGGCCAUGGCGGAGAUGAAUCUGGUGGAAAUCCAAAUCCCACAGCAAAAGCUCUACAACGGAGUUCAUUUCCCUUCAGUCUUAUCUCCAACAUCCACACCUCUCUCCUCUCUCUCUCUCCUCACCAAAACCAUCCAAACCCAAAAAUCCUCCCUCCAGUCCCUGCUCCAAAAAUCAGGGGCUGUUCUCUUCAGGGGCUUCCCGGUAAAUUCAGCCUCCGCUUUCAACGACGUCGUUGAGGCCUUCGGCUUCGAGGAGCUCCCUUACGUCGGCGGCGCCGCCCCCCGGACCAACGUCGUCGGUCGGGUCUUCACCGCCAACGAGUCUCCUCCCGACCAGAAAAUCCCCUUUCACCACGAAAUGGCUCAGGUGCCUGAGUUUCCAUCGAAAUUGUUCUUCUUCUGCGAAACGGAGCCUGCAAGUGGAGGAGAAACUCCUAUAGUUCUAAGUCACAUUGUGUACGAGAGAAUGAAAGAGAAGUACCCGGAAUUCGUUGGUCGUUUGGAGGAACAUGGUCUGAUAUACACGCGUGUGUUGGGGGAAGACGAUGACCCUUCGUCUCCUAUCGGCCGUGGAUGGAAGUCAACCUUCUUGACCAAAGACAAGGCCGUCGCUGAGCAAAGGGCUGCUAAGCUGGGGAUGAAGUUGGAGUGGCUAGAAGAUGGAGUGAAGACGAUAAUGGGUCCAAUCCCGGCCGUAAAAUACGACGAGACUAGGCAAUGCAAGAUUUGGUUCAACAGCAUGGUUGCAGCAUACACAGGAUGGGAAGACGCGAGGAAUGAUCCCAUUAAGGCAGUAACUUUCGGCAAUGGAACGCCACUGCCAGGUGAUAUUAUCCACGACUGUCUCAGAAUUCUUGAAGAGGAAUCUGUUGCCAUUCCAUGGAAGAAAGGCGAUGUUUUACUUAUCAAUAACUUGGCCGCCCUCCACUCGAGGAGAUCCUUUACUCCACCUCGUCGAGUACUUGCUUCACUAUGCAAGUAAUAAUAAGAUCUUCAUGUUGAGUGUAUUGUUUAGGUAUAUACUCAAGUAGGAGUUGUAUAAAUAAGAUGAGAUCUUCAUGUGAACCUUUGGACAUUCAAUUUUCGCUUCAGAAUCACGCUGCCACUCAAGUAACCUUUUGUAUCAA